AACCGGAAGUUGAUAUCGCUAGCUUGUCGUCAUUGCUUGUUGCUCGCUCUCAGCACAGCUCUUAACUGAGUUGUCCACCAUGGAAGACGGCCUGUUUCACUACAACACCAUAGAGGAUGAAGCUUUCCCUCCGCUCCCACCACCUCACUCCCCAGGAGGACAAGAGAACGGAGACCCUUUUGGAAAUGGGGGCGGAGACGGCGAUGUGUCCGGGCUGGCGGACGUCCCUGCUGCUAAAAGGAAAGGCGUGAAGAGACCGCAACCCAAGCUGGACUCUCAGAGGCUCCUCUCAGAAAGAGGUCUUCCAGCUCUGCGAACACUCUUUGAUAACGUCCGUUUCAAAGGCAAAGGGAAGGAGGCUGAGGACCUGCGGCUGCUCAUGCAGAAGAUGGAGAACUGGGCCCACCGGUUGUACCCCAAAAUGCAGUUUGAAGAUUUUAUCGAGAAAGUGGAGAAGCUGGGCAACAAGAAGGACGUGCAGACAUGCCUCAAACGGAUCCGACUGGAUAUGCCAAUGAUAUACGAAGACUUCAUGGGUGGUGAAGAAGCUCCUGAAACCGACGUCUUCAGGGAGCCAGAUCCUUUUGAAGAGGCGGGCUUUAAUGACCUGCAACGGCCGAUCCACUCCACCCCAGCUCCUGCUGCCCCUCCUCCGAUGGCCUCCCCUCCCACUAUGCCCUCCCAACCCGCACUAUCGUCCCCUCCUUAUUCCUCCCCAGCCGCCCCCUCCCUGUCGGAGGAGCAGCGUCGACGCAUGGAGCUGAACAGACAGCGGGCUUUAGAGAAGAGGCUCUCCCGCCAGCAGCAGCCAACAGAUCCUUCAGACUCCCAGACUGUCGACUCGACCCCGACUGCUGAACCCACGUCUGCUGAACCCACGUCUGCUGAACCCACGUCUGCUGAACCCACGUCUGCUGAACCCACGUCUGCUGAACCCACGUCUGUCCCCUCUGCUGAACCCACGUCUGUCCCCUCUGCUGAACCCACGUCUGUCCCCUCUGCUGAACCCACGUCUGUCCCCUCUGCUGAACCCACGUCUGUCCCCUCUGCUGAACCCACAUCUGUCCCCUCUGCAAACACACCCAGCGAUCAGGUGGAAGAUAAAAUGGAGGGUCACGUGGAAGAUAAGGUGGAGGAUAAGAUUGAGGAUGCGGUGGAGGAUAAGAUUGAGGAUCAGGUGGAGGAUGCGGUGGAGGAUAAGAUUGAAGAUAAGAUUGAGGAUCAGGUGGAGGAUUUGGACCUGAAGCCAGACACACAGGAGCCCAGCGUGCAGCCCCCACACACAGACUCAAAGCUUUCUGCCGCAUCACCUCAGUGUGAGAAACAGGAAGUGUCCAGCCUCAGCCAGGACCCCCAACCCAGCACCGAGUGUGAGGGCGGAGAUUAACGCUCGGGUGCAGCACACAAGUUUAGGAGGAACUAACUGUACGGCAAAGUUCUCAUUUCAAGAACAAAUACAACUUGUCUUCUUUGAGUCUGCAAAGAGCAAACCCUACACUUACGCAUAGCACUGAUCCCACAUCUGCUGUGUGUUGUUGUCAUUUCAGUUACUCCUGAACUGUACUACAUGUAAAUUGUAAAUGGCCAUAUGACCCUAAAGGUCUGUAACAUGCCCUCCUGCAGAAAAGUGUGUCUUUUUGUUUAUGUAGUAAUAUAACGGUGCUUUUCUUUUGGACUUUUAAAAAAAUUCCAAUAAAGAUAAAUAAAGACUUUCUUUUUUCAAAUUGAAA